AAGGACCGUUCACCCGCACUGUCUGCUACUCUACUUCUCCUCCCGUGCCCAGAUCGCGGGGAUAGCUGGACAACACUCGACUUCGGCCCUGUUUCAUCUGUCUCUGUGGCUACCCCUGCAAUCUCCGCCACCACCCGGUGUGGGAACCGUCACCACCUUUCCUCCCCCCCCCCUCGUUACCAGGUCGAGCUUUGUUCUAGAUGGCUGGCGUGCAGCUCCAACAGCCUGCCAUGACUGAUUAUCGUCUCCCAAUGCACCACCAGCCGGCACCGGCUCGAAAACCAGUCCCCGGGAUGCAUUCCGGGUUUCCUUUCCAGGCCUACGAUGGGCCUCACCAGCAGCAGCUUUCUCCCCACCCCUCUGCCGCCUCCCUUGCGCACAACCGCCGGCGAACCUCCUCCUCUCAUGUCCUACCCUACAUGGCACAACAGCCAUAUUCCGGGGGUCCUUCACCACAUCAUACAAUGACAGGUCCAUCCAAUUAUCCUCCUUCGAGGCGCCUAUCGAGUGCGACCACAUCCACGACCUCCACCGGCAAUGUUACCAAUUCAUACUACGGUGGUAACCCGCAUACAGACAUCCGCCGGAGCACAUCGUCCCGCUCCGCCAAUGCUCAGCUAGGUUAUGUGGCUCUGAUGCGAAGACAAAAAGCGACAGUGUGGUGCGAUCGAGCACAGCCGGAGGAUCCUCGACUGCGGGCGCAGAAACUUGUCGAUAAGAAACGGGCGUACCUCGAAGUCCACGGCGCAGGCGCCGGGCGCACGGGUACCCUUGGAAGCGGCAAGAACAAGCAUGGCGGCAAGGGAACCACCGAUUUCUCGCCCUCGACCCUCGUCGGCGCUACGGUCCCGGUUCGACUCAGUGCCAACGAGGUCGGCGACGCAGACGAGGACGCCCACAGUGACCGAGGGUUUCCUUAUCGUCGGACCGGUAGCGGUCGCAGUUCGCUGGGGAGCAACUCUCGCUAUCCGAGUGGCUACCAACGCACUCCACAGAGCACCAUGGGGAGCAACAGCACCCCUCCCAAUGAGAAGUCUGACCUGCCUGACGUCUCGGAACAUCCGCCAGCGGAAAAUCACGAGAGUGAACAGGACCAUACCUCCAUCAAGGAUGAUGCUGCUACUACAAACAGUUUUGGUAGUGAACACGAGGAGUACUUUGGCACCGUGGGUGAUAUGGCCGCACCGAGUGCGGCUUCCGCGGCGAUUGAGAAGGCCAAGAAGGCAGAUGAACUGAGGCGCCGGGGUAGCGUGGAUGAUCGAACGACGUCGAUGACCAAUGUCCGACUUUUUGUGGCGAAUCCGGAUUUGAGUGAUUAGACGAGAAGGCUGUUUGUUGCUGGGGUUGUUCCACCCAAGGCACCUUGAAUUCCGGCACUGCAUUGGCCGAGUCCGCCUUGAACUUGAGCUCUACGCUUCCUUUUUCCUUACCUCUCCUGGAACCUCUUCU